CCUCAGCGCCGGCGUUGGUUUUCCAGCUGUUUGUAGGCCCGGAGGUGAGGUUCGCAGAAGGUAGAGCGGGCUCCCCCCCUGCCUGUCCACUCGCCCACCGGCUCCCUCCGACACUGCCCUUCCCUUCUGGGGCAGGCUGCCUCGAGGACGGCUUCGGUGCGACUGUGUUUCUGACUGACAGGCACAGUUCCCCACAGCCCGCGCUGCCCGCCACGUCCCCGGUCUCGGCCGACGGCACUGCGUGGCGAGUGACCUUUCCGAGCCCAGAGCGAUGACGGCUCUCUGCUCCCGGCUUGCACGGCUUCCUCAGCGCCGCCUGUUCCGGCUCGUGCGGUUCCCGCUGCCACAGCCGCCGCCCCUGCUGCUGCUGCUGCUGCUUCUGCUGACGGCCGGGAGUCCAGCGCGCGCCUGGGAAAGCGGAGACCUGGAGUUGUUUGACUUGGUGGAGGAGGUGCAGCUUAACUUCUACCAGUUCCUCGGGGUGCAGCAGGAUGCUUCAUCUGCAGACAUCAGAAAAGCAUAUCGUAAGCUUUCACUGACUUUACAUCCAGAUAAGAAUAGAGAUGAAAAUGCAGAAACUCAAUUUAGACAACUGGUGGCCAUUUAUGAAGUUUUAAAAGAUGAUGAACGGAGGCAGAGGUAUGAUGAUAUUCUGAUCAAUGGACUUCCAGAUUGGCGACAGCCUGUAUUCUACUACCGGCGGGUGAGAAAAAUGAGCAAUGCUGAGCUGGCAUUACUCUUGUUCAUUAUUCUCACAGUAGGUCAUUAUGCUGUGGUUUGGUCAAUCUACCUGGAAAAACAACUGGAUGAACUGCUUAGUAGAAAAAAGAGAGAAAAGAAAAAAAAGACAGGCGGGAAGAGUGUGGAUGCAUCAAAACUUGGUGCUUCAGAAAAAAAUGAAAGAUUGCUGACAAAACCACAAUGGCAUGAUUUGCUUCCAUGCAAGCUGGGAAUUUGGUUCUGCCUUACCCUAAAAGCAUUGCCUCAUUUAAUCCAGGAUGCUGGGCAGUUUUAUGCUAAGUAUAAAGAAACAAAAUUGAAGGAAAAGGAAGAUGCACUGACUAGAGCUGAACUUGAAACACUUCAAAGACAGAAGAAAGUUAAAGUAAAAAAACCAAAACCUGAAUUUCCUGUAUACACACCUUUAGAAAGUACAUAUAUUGAAUCUUAUGAACAUGGAACUUCUAUAGAAGAAAUUGAAGAACAAAUGGAUGACUGGCUGGAAAACAGGAACAGAACACAGAAAAAACAGGCACCUGAGUGGACAGAAGAGGACCUCAGCCAACUGACAAGAAGUAUGGUUAAGUUCCCAGGAGGGACCCCAGGUCGAUGGGAAAAGAUUGCCCACGAAUUGGGUCGAUCGGUGACAGAUGUGACAACUAAAGCUAAGCAACUGAAGGACUCAGUCACCUGCUCCCCAGGAAUGGUUAGACUCGCAGAACUCAAGUCAACGGCUCAGAAUUCCAGACCCAUUAAGACCCCUGUGGCCUUGCCAGAUGACAUCAUCACCCAGCGCGAAGAUGCAGAGGGGAGAGUGGAGGAGGAGGAGCAGGAGGAAUUGGAGGAGGGUGCAGGAGAGCAGAAUGAGGCUGGGAUUACUGAAACUCGGCCUCGGAAGCGGAAGCCGGCCAGAUUGCUUGAGACAGUAAUGAGGGUAGAGCCAGAGGAGAAGUUCAGAGCAAAGAGGCAGAAGGACUUCGAAAUAUUAGAACAAAAUGAAUCCAGUGAUGAGGAGAGCCAGAAAAAAGAGCGAACUCGUGCUACAGAGGAACCAUGGACUCAGAAUCAACAGAAGCUUCUGGAAUUGGCAUUACAGCAGUAUCCAAAGGGAUCCUCUGACCGCUGGGACAAAAUAGCCAAGUGUGUCCCAUCUAAGAGUAAGGUGGGUGAGGAGGGAAAAGGCCUCUGCACUGGUUUUAGGAUACCACUGCAGCGGCUGCAGCAGUGCUGUAUAGUUUUUCUUUCUCCUUUUUAGUAUCUUUCCAUCUGCAACUAUUUACAUGAUAUCUUAUUUACCAGUUCCCUUCCAGUAUAUUUGUACUUGUAGAUGUGAAUUUAUGCACUCAGUAGAUUAGUGUGUAUAUGCUUACAGUCAGUCAUUAUACAGGCCAGUUAGCUUUUCUCAGAGAUACUUCUUGUAGAGCCCAGACUUUACAGAACGACCCAGCCAGCCUUCUUGAGCAUUCACUCUCCUGGGGCGUGGGGGGCUGUUUGAGAGCGGCAGGGGCAUGGCUCAGCAGCAUCAUGGUAAACGUGAAAGGUAGUGUGGCGCACCUGUAGGUCAGUACCACAUGGGGAGGCUCCCUUUACCCAAAGUGAGGAGAUUUUUCAUAAAAUCAUAAUCCCUGGUAAAACCAGUCUUUAACCAAGGGGCUGUGUGUGGUGGACGAUGUUAUUGUGACAGUCAUCACUUCUGUGAUGUAAGUUCAUUUUCACUCAGUAGGAAUGCUUAGUUGAUCAAAGGCUCUAGAACAGUGUUUUUUUUGUGUGGGUUCAUGUGAGAUUGACAUUUAGGGUUCAACUUACCCUCUGUAACCUUGGCUAUUUAUAAUUGGCUUUUCUCCCUGUUUUUAUAGCUCUUAGUAUCUGCUAAAAUACAUCUUCAGAUAGUUCUCAAAUAAAAACUUCGAGAGGAGGAAAGAUGGGGUGCACCCUAUGGAAAGCCAGCCCCCUACCCCUGGUCUUUGGUAUUAUCUGCCUUGUAAUCUGGUAUUUUGGAGCUGUAGAGCUUCAGGGGGUGAUCUUUUCAACUCAGGCCUUUCUUGACACACAGUCUCAUGGGGCCUCUUUCCUCUGCCAUGCUCUUCGUCCGAGGCACCAGGGACGCUCUGAAAAAUCAAAAGAACCAAUCUCUCCUGUUGGCUCUGCCCGUCACUCCAGCCUCUGGGCACAUUGAUGUUCAUUUACAUUCUUUUUUUUUUAAUUGAAAUUCUCUGUUGGAAAAUCUAGCUCGUGGCCAUGCACGUCCCUGAGUGUGCAGGUCUAGUUAUCUGUCACCUACUUUAAAAUGAGGAAGUUGAGACUUCCUGGGGAGAAAAAUAAACUACUAGCGGUUGAUCUACUUGCGAAGCAGAUUCUCUCAGCCUCUCCAGCUGCUGUGCCAGAAGUCAUCAUUUCCCCUGAAUUUUCUCUAGCAUCUGUCAGACAUGUGUGAUGAAUCGACAGUGGCUUAGAAUGAAGGAACUGGAACUGUGGAUUCCUAAGGAUAGGACACCCAGAAGCUCAUUGCCUUGGCGUUUGGGAACCUCCCUGUUUUCAGCCAAAAAUGAGAAAGGCUUGUAUGAUCCUUAAACUUUGGCUCACCUGCCACGUGGCCUGGCUGUGGGGUUCUGUCAGUGGGGACCCUGGGCUGUAGGAGGGUCUUUGCCUGCAUUCCCUUGCUGGCCUGCUGUUGAGAGCUCAGCUUACACGGUGCCCUUCCAGUGUUAAGUGCUGGUGGAUGGCUGCAUUCUGCUUUGUGUACUGUGCUAUUAGGGGUAGUGUAGCCAUAAAGGAAAGGCAUGGAUUUAUAUUUUCUAUUUUUAAAUUGGUGCCGCAAGGCACAUAUUAGGAGAUACUGUCACAGUACUACUAAACUAAAAUCCUGGGAAGAGAAGGAAUAUCCAUUCUCUGUCCGAGGCAGCUGAUAGAGUUCUCUGCCAUAGCUCAGAAAUCCGUUUGCAUUAGAUCUUAAAGGCUCACAGUGCCUUUGGGACUAGUAUUUUUUUAAUAGAAACUGGAUGGAUUUUGGAAAAUACCUUGUGAUAAACCAUGAAAGUAGCGAGGCCAAGCCCCUUCCCACUGUUAUCCCAUCUCUGCUCUCAUCAUGAGUGACAUGAGGUGACAAGGGUGACAGCUACUGGCAGCCAGGAUCUGUAGCCCUGACGAGGUGGAAGGGAGCCCCGUGGCAUGAUCUGGGAGGGCUGGGAGAGCAGGGCAGAGUCCCAGCACACUCCAUGCCAGUGUCCUGUGGGGCUGGGUUGGCAUGGCCCCACGAGAAGGCCUCAGCAGCUCCUCAGGCAAAGGCAAACCCAGAAUGAAAAUGAUGAUACCAUGGAUGCCUGGCCUCAAGACUUUUGGUUUCUCCAAAAUGACAUAGUGAAAUUUUAAAAUUAUAAUUGUAGAUAGCAAGUUGACAUUUUUUAUCAUAAAGUGAUGUGCCUGACAGAUAGCUGCCCCUGACUGCUUCAUACCCAUGGUUAGCACCUACACUUUGGGCUGGAGUUUCAGCAGUGGAGACAGGCCUCCUUGCACCUGUCUAGCCAGGUCAGCCUUGUGACCAGCUGGAGUCACCUGGAAAAGGCCAGGCGGGUUCUGGGAGAGAGCCAGUGUACAGAGCGAAUGCACGGGAUACCUCUUCACUAGCGUGGGCCCAGGCGGAUAAGCUGGCCAAAAAGCAGGCUUAUCGCAAAAAGAACUCCACAGAGAAACUCAAGCCAACUGUGGAGUCACUGUUUUCACCUCUCUUUUUUUCUUCCUGCAGGAAGACUGUAUCGCUAGAUACAAGUUGCUGGUUGAACUGGUCCAAAAGAAAAAACAAGCUAAAAGCUGAAUAUUCUGGAAGAUGAUGUUUACUUUCAUUUUCCAAAAUGAAUAUUUCAAAGAUCUUAUGCAGAAAUUUGCGUUGUACCUCAGUAUUUCUAUACAUCAUGUGCCUUAGUAAAAUAAAUGAACAAGUAAUAAAUGUUGUGCUAUAUUGCUGAACCCAAUACUGUGCUGAAGAGAAACAAAGGGUUUGGGUAUCUUGCAGAUUAUUUUCUCUCACGUCACUGCUAAAUUUACUUUCUUGGGGAGCAAGCCAAAUAGUGCUUCCUAACGAUCAGGCAAAUAUAUGUUUUUGAAGUGAGUGAAUUAUGAGUGAACUAAUUGUUAAGAAUUAGAACUUAACGUAUUUUAAAGAAACCAUGACCAAAAAACACAUCAGUUAACGUCUCUAUUGGGGGUUGAGUAGCAAGAUGAAGUUACUUGGGAAGAAAAAGAAACAAAUUGGUAUUCAGGCUAGCUGGCUAAGAACAGUGUGAGGUUAUCUGAAUUACUUUUAUGUAUCUAGAAAAAAAUAAGUCUACAUUAACAAGGACAUAAGGCAACAAACUCUAAGUUUGGGUUGCUUGGUAGAAAUGUAUCCCCAACUGAUAGAAUUUCCAGAAAACAUGUAGGUAAGUUUUUAGGAACUAAUAAAAUUGGGUCUUAUAUUUUAAUACCUACGUUAAAAUCACUGUGUUGAACUGUUAAUUUCUAUUGCACUAUUUAUUGUUUGUGUUUGAACUGUCAUUGUCACCAGAGCAUCCCUUUUUAAAUCUUCUAUCAUUUGUUCAGAGCUUAGAAAUGUUUUGAUAAGUACAAAUUGUCUAAACUUGAAAAACAUUAAGAUAACCAGAACACAUUUAGUGGAAAUGAUUUGAUAAAAUAUCUAUCAAGAUGUAAUUCUUCUGUAAGGAUUGAAAUGAGGUUACAGUUUCCUGGGGAAAAGUUUGGGUGGCAGAGGUCACCACUCAGCUCUGUAAUCUUCUCAUCUAUAAAGGAGGAGAGUGGACCAGGUGAGCUCAAAAGACCUCCCUAGGGAUUUGGAGACAGCAGAGGAGGCCUCCAGGUCUCAGGCAGACACCAUGUUAGGUCCCACACCUGUGACUUCUGACACAGCUCCCUUAGUGGGACAUUGUAGUGAACUUACCACCUCGGAGACCUCUGAGACCAUAGCUCCCCAAUUCCAAAAGGAGCAGUCAAAAUGUAAAAAAGCAGCAAAUUACAAACUAACUGGCUAGAUUGUCGUUUGAUCUUCACUAAACACACAGAAUCAUCAAACAACAGCCUCAUCUCAGUUGUGGAGGAGAAGGCAGCCAAGGAAGGUAGAGCCUGCAUGGGAAAAUCUUCUCUUCGUCCAGGUUAGGGAAUUGUCAUUAGCUGCCGUAGAGUUAGCUUCAGCUCAUAAUGAAUGAAACAUUGCCCAGGCCUUCACCAUCUUCAUGAUUGUUGGUAUGUUUGAGUCCAUUCUUGUGGUUGUGGUGUCAAUCCAUCUCAUUGAAGGUUUCCUUCAUUUUCACUGACCCUGUAGUUCACAAAAUAUGUCCUUUUCUAAGAAUCAGUUGCUCCUGAUGACAAGUCCAAAGCAAGUGGGCCAAAGUCUUGCCAUC